CAGUUAAACAGUGUGAUAGCUUUACUUUGUUAAGCAGUGGAAAUGAGCGCCUGGUGGCGUUUUUCAUCAUUACCAGCCCUGGUAAAGAAUUUCAAGCUGACUUACGAUGCUCCAAAUGAGGACAACACCUUCACCGCUGGAGACACUAUCACGGGCACGCUGACGUUCACUUUGACCAGCGACACCAAAGUGAAAAGCGUCAGUGUCGAAGCCAUAGGGUGCGCGAGCGCGACAUGGAAUGCUAUUGAAGACAAUUCACUAUACUCUGAAACCAGAAACUACUUCACAUACAAAGAAGCAGUUGUUGUGGAUAGUUCACACGGAACUAUGCUUUCAGAAGGAGAGCAUUGCCAUAGAUUCAAGUUUCAAAUCCCACCAGGAGAUUGGCCAUCAUCCUUCAAGGGCUGUAAUGGAGACAUCACCUACAUGCUUGAAGCAAAGAUAUUCAGGAGCUGGAAGUUCCCUUUGAUAAUGCGAAAGAAGCUUAAAUUUAGGUCAAAGUCCCUUCAGAUUCCGAGCCAGUGUCGCGUUUCUGGGUCAGCGGGGAAAAAAAAGGUUGAAAUUUCUGCUACUGUUGACAAAAAGGUCUGCUGUCCAGGGGACAUUUUGUCAGUUGUUGUCGAUAUCUGCAACUCCUCGUCCAAGGAUAUUAGACCAAAAUUGCAGUUAUUCCAGAGAGAAAUCUACCGCGCAGAGGGCUCCACCACCAGCAGCGAACUGUCUCAUGGCAAAAUUGUAGAAAAAUAUAUUGCACAAAACUCACAGAAAACUAUCUUCUGCCAGCUGAGGGUUCCUGUAGAUGCUGUUCACAGCAUCAACAACUGUGAAAUCAUCACAGUGGAAUAUUUCAUCAGGGCAUAUGUGGACAUCAGUUUUACCACUGGUCCAGAGGUAGAGCUCCCAGUGGUGGUUAUUCCCAACAGAUUUGCGUCCCAAAUACAUGAGGCUAUGGGGCCUGACCCCAGUUACACUAACUCCCCUUUGCCUGCAUACCCUACAGGACGUUAUCCUGUACCUACCAGUCCUAGUGCCCCCUUUCGGCCUGGACAAGCUUUGGGACCUUACCCUGACAGCCCUGCUAGGGCUCCCAGUUACAGUGACUCCCCUCCCCCAGCUUACUCUCCAGGACCUUAUCGUGCCUUUUUUUACUCUGGACAGACUAUGGGGCCUAACCUAGCUGAAGCUGUUGGAGGCUGUGACUUCCCUCCUCCAGGAUCUUAUCCUGCACCCACAGAUCAAGAUGCUUGUGGAUUCCCAGCACCAGUUCAUACUCAACCUGCACCUUUAAGAAGUGGCUUUAGUGAUCAGUGGCCUCAACAGCCUCCUCCUUAUGGUGACCCUCCUGCAGCUUUCCAUCCACUAGCCCCCAGUGCUCAGCCUCAGUUUCAGCAGGGAGAAAACCCUCCAGAUUAUUUUUCCAUUAACUCCCCUCCUACUUACCAACAGCACAGACACGGUGGAACGAUAGCAUUGAGAUUUGACGUACAGCAGAUAUGAUGUUUUCACCGAACACAGGACCUGUUCCUCAUCCCCCAACGCUUAAUUUAUCCUCUUGUGAGUGAGAGAGAAAUCUUUGACAUUCUUCACAUUUGCAGUUACCUGGUGCUGGUCAUGAUGAUCUUAAAACUAAAUAUUGAACCAGUGCCUCCCCCACUAUUUUACUGCCACUGUGUCGUAUCUUCAAUUAUUCUCUUCAAACAGGUGUUGAACUGGACCAACUGAAAUGGGCCAAAGUUAUUUCAAUAUUUAAAACCCAUGAUCAGUCCAUAUUUUCAAAUUAUUGACCAAUUAAAUUUGGUUGUUUUUCCAAAAUAGUUUACCAUAGAUUAGUCAAACACCUAACGGACAAUAACUACAUCAGUAUGGAUUCUUUGAAAAUCCCUCCACCUUUGAUCUAAUUUGCUUCCACAAUAUCUACAGCUUUAGAUGAUAAGGAAUAUACAGUUGGAGUUUUUAUUGACUCAUCUUAAGCCUUCCACACUGUAGGUUAAAGAGAGUUAUAAGCUAAGCCACAGGCUCAUGUGGUGUCUGGUGUUGAAUUUGAUUGGUUUAGAAGUUACUAGCAGGAAAACAUGUUGUUUGCACUGAAGCUAGAUCAUCAUACAGUAACAUUACAGUGUGGUGUUCCACAGGGCUCUGUACAGAGCCCUUUUUUAUUCCUUACAUGACUUGCAUAUAUCAAAAGAAGCUUUUUCCAAAGUGAAAUUUUAACUCGGUUCUUAUACCACCUUCAAUGCUGCAGUUAUUUGACAGUGUUGAUUCAUUCAGUGUUUGUCCACCUCAGUUGAUCUAAGGUCUGUCCAAUACAAUUUCAAAUCUUGGGGUAUGUAGCUUUUCCCAUGAUGCCCUGUGCAGAGUGUUUAAAUUUGUUUAGAUGUCUUUUGAUGCUACUGUUGUACAGUUAUCAACUGCUGGAAUAUCUGCUCCUGUUUCUGUUGGAUUGUUGUUGUUUUUUUUUUAAUGUUGAACACUACUGCACCAUGAGUGUAGUUGUUCACUGAGUUAGACACUUCGCACCUGUGGAGUUGGGACGGUCAGUUUGUAAAGACAGUCAUCACUUAAACCUGCUGAGGUAACCUCAUUUAAAGGUAAAAUUAAGAGCAUAUCAAAGGUGCACAGAAAUAUAUCAGUUACUAAUACUGUAAAUGCUUGAAACACCUCCAGUGAGAAUUAUAUAAUAAUAAUAAUAAAGUAUGCUUUAAUGAGUCAGAAGACAACACUCAGGGAGAUAAAAUCUAAUACUAUUACAGAACUUGGGAUCUGUAAUAACACUAGCAGUUUUGCUGUGUAGAGUUGAUUUGUUUUAACAUAGGAGAAAAUUAUCAACAGUACUGAGAGUAAUUUUAACACUUUUUAAAGAUAUUCAACCUGUAUUGUUAACUUUUUAUCACACUAAACUUUUGCUCUUUUUAAAGUUAAUUUAACUCUUUAAUUUUAAUGCUAGGGAAAGAGUAAAUUUAACACCAAUUCAUUUUUUGAUCUCAAAUACAGCUUUAUACUUGACUCUUGAAGUGUUACUUGAACACUGUAAAAUAAACUUUUUACUACUAUUUGUAUCACAGAUGAAGAUGAACACAGCAAAAUCAUUGCACAGUGUGGUGUUUCACAGAGCUCCACACUGAGCCCUCUUUUACUCCUGAAUGACUUCCCUUUAAUAUCCAAAUAAGCUUUUUCAUUUUAACACAUAAAAAGAUGAACACAAGUUAACUACUUGCAUGAUUGACUUCUGGUUCAAAUGCAAUUAAAUAUUUCUUAAUGUUGAAAUGAGUGUUUAUAUGAUCGUCAAGCCUACAUGUAAAACUCUGAUAUGUUUUUUAUUCAUAGCAAGCUCACCUGGAGAAGGCAUUCAACAUCUGAGCCCUAUAAAGUGGCAAAUAAAAAUGUGAUGAUGUAAUGUGCAAGAUACAUCUUGUCAAGACAAACCUUGUGGAUUUGUAUUACAGUAUGUCUUAUCCUUUUAUAUCUCAAGGCAAUAUAGUAGCGGAUACAAUGGGAAAAAAACAAUAGCCCUUCCAACUCAUUACUGCAAAAUAAAUUUCUCCAAAUUGUUACGUACUCCAUCUGGAAUCCUUAUACUGCUCAUUUAUUUCUGCUCACUUAAGCCUGCAAUUAUAAGCAGAUUUCAUGUAAAUACACUGCAAAAAGGCACAUUUAUUUUUUCUGUUCCUCAGCACUUUAUCUCCUAAAUCCUUUAACACCUUUUUGUGACUAUGUCUGAGAUCCACUAUAUCAUACCAGAUCUGAUGAUCUUCAACAUAAGAUCAUAAAGAUCUUAAUCAAGUGCUUUUAUUAGUAUACAGAAAUAUAUGAAUGCAUGCUUAAGAAAAACAAUCGACUGAUUGUAAGGUAUUAUCUUACCGCUGAUAGACUCAAUAUCUAAAUUUUGUUUGUAUUUUGUUGCAGUGUUUUUGUACUGGUGUUAGGUGGGAUCCUUUUAUGAGCUGUUGGGGGUCUCUUUUGGCUCACCUGUGCAUUUUUAUUUC